UUCACAGAUACAAAGAAUAGGAUUGGAGAAUUACAAUAAAAAAUACCACGAUAUCUUUAGAAAUGCUGACUACUCAGAGUUGUUCUAUUAGUGCCAUUUAACUUUCCUGAAUAAAACAAGAUUUGAAACAAAUCUGUGUUCAUGAAGAGUGACUGCAUACAAACCACAAUAUGUCAAGAAAGAAAAAAAGAUCCAAUAGAAAUGUUUCAUUCUGGGCGGCUUGUAAAAGUCUGUGCCCCUAUGGUUCGGUAUUCAAAGUUGGCUUUUAGAACACUAGUAAGAAAAUACAGUUGUGAUCUGUGUUAUACACCAAUGAUAGUUGCUGCUGAUUUUGUCAGAUCUGUAAAAGCCAGAGACAGUGAAUUUACCACAAACCAAGGUGAUUGCCCAUUGAUUGUUCAGUUUGCUGCUAAUGAUGCAAGAAUUUUAUCUGAUGCUGCUCGUAUAGUCUGUCCUUAUGCGAAUGGAAUAGACAUUAACUGUGGUUGUCCUCAGAGGUGGGCAAUGGCAGAAGGUUAUGGGGCUUGCUUAAUAAACAAGCCAGAGCUUGUUCGAGAUAUGGUGAAACAAGUAAGAAAUGAAGUGGAAAACCCCAGAUUUUCAGUUUCUGUUAAAAUAAGGAUCCAUGAUGACCUUCCAAGAACUGUAGAUCUUUGUCGAAAGGCUGAAGCAACAGGAGUUUCCUGGAUUACAGUCCAUGGAAGAACUGUUGAAGAAAGACAUCAGCCAGUGCACUAUGAUGCCAUUAAAAUAAUUAAGGAGAAUAUGUCUAUACCUGUAAUUGCUAAUGGAGACAUCAGAAGCUUAAAGGAAGCAGAAAAUGUGUGGCAGAUUACUGGGACAGAUGGUGUGAUGGUUGCAAGAGGACUCUUAGCGAACCCAGCCAUGUUUGCUGGAUAUGAGGAAACCCCACUGAAAUGCAUCUGGGACUGGGUUGACAUUGCUCUGGAACUUGGAACUCCGUACAUGUGUUUCCAUCAACAUUUAAUGUACAUGAUGGAAAAGAUAACUUCAAGGCAGGAAAAAAGAAUAUUUAAUGCUCUGUCAAGCACAUCAGCAGUCUUAGAUUACCUUACAGACCAUUAUGGCAUUUAACUGGACUUCCUAAAUUAUUUUAAUAUAUGCUUUAUUUUAUACCUACAAUGAAACUAGAGGUGGUCACAUCUUGGUUUUUAUUUUAAAUCAGUGGCUUUUAAACUUUAGUCUAAAAACAGUCCCUGGGAACAUUUUUAAAAAUCAGUACUAGACCAUAUCCUCAGCGAUAGUUUUAAAGAAGACUCCAGGUGGUCCAAAUAUCCUUAGCAUCCUAGGUCCAAACUGCUCUGAAUCCUAUUAUGGAUUUGGGGGUGGAGGGAUGGAAAUUUUUUUCCUAAAGGAAUCAUGUUUUCAACAUUUUUAAAUAAAACUUAUUUUAAUACUAAGUAUGACUCAUAUAGUAUCUGUAAGCUAACAAGAAGUAUGUGAGUACAGAGAAGUGGUAGAACAAAUGCUAACAUCCAUAUAGAAUGAAAAUGAAUA